ACAUGGCCAGGCUGUUAGUAACCCUAUGGCUGGGCUCCCUGGCCUUAGCCGGCGUCAGUGCCAACAUAACCAACAUAUUUGCCCUGGCCAACAGGGAUCUUCCCACCGGAAACCUGGCCGGCGAUCAAUACUUGGCCAUUUCCAAGCUAAGGAGCCUGGCAGUGGAGUUCUUCGACCACUUCUCCAACGCAACUCUGGAGGACCUCACUCCGGACUUGGAUCAUUACUUGAAUGGGGAGUCGAGAAUUCCCUCGGCCCAGGAUGUUGAGUGCCUGGCGGACCUGGCGCUCCUGUCCAGCGACUUGGCCUCCUCAAAGUACUGGGCUCUGAAGAUGAUCGACUCGUGGGGCCUGUUGCCCUCGGGAUUGCUCGUGGGAAACUGGUGGAACUUGGGCAACUUCGACGAGUGCAUUGGAACAAACCACGCUGUGUCCAGCGCCCACAGUGUCAGGGGCAAGUACUGCUUUUCCAAGUUGGCUCUGUCUCCCGGCUCUUCAAUGCUGACCAUCAAGUCAGCGGUCUGCUUCCCCGCCUCCUGCUCCGCCGCCCACAUGGACACCAUGCUGCGGAGACUCUUCCAAAAGCUUCUCAGCGUUGAGAUCUCUUCGGAUGUGAGCAUCGUGGACGAGGCUACGUGCCAGACCUCGGAGACGAAGUCCUACGAUGGCCUCACCAUCUUCACCAUAGUCAUCCUAUCGGUUUUGGGUGCUCUAGUGGGCCUCUCCACAAUUUACGACUACUUUUUUUGCCGGGAUGAGAGAACCAUGAAUCCGGUGGCCAAAGCUUUCUCGGCACGGGCUAACUCGCGGGCUCUCUUCCGCCUCGUGGACACCAAGGCGAAUCCCAACGUCAUCGGCUGUCUUCACGGAGUCCGGUGUCUUUCGUUCAUCUGGGUGGUCUACUGCCACGACUACCUCGUAUUCGCCAUGUCGCCGAACAUAAAUAUGGGCUACGUUUUGACGUGGAUUGACUCCUUCUUCAGUCUGAUUGUAAAACACGGAAUCUACGCCGUGGACACAUUCUUCUUCCUAAGCGGGCUGUUGCUGGUCGUAGUUGCUCUCCGAUCGAUGGACAGGAGCGGGGGAAAGCUUAACAUACCCAUGAUGUAUCUGCAUCGGUAUCUCCGCCUCACGCCCCUCCUGGCCUUUGGAAUACUCAUCUACAUGAAGAUCAUGCCUCUCCUGGGAAGCGGUCCCCUGCAAGGGUCGGCGAGCUUUGAUGACUACUCGUCGUGCGAGGAUACCUGGUACUUGACGCUUCUGUACGUUCAGAACGUUGCCACGAAUCGAUUGUGCAUUAGCCACUCCUGGUACCUCGCCGUCGACAUGCAGCUGUACAUCUUCGCACCCUUCCUCCUGAUCUCCCUGUUCAAGUGGGGCAAGAAGGCGGCCGCCGGGAUCGUCCUCCUUAUGCUGCUCCUGGCCUGCUGCCUCUUCAGCAUAAUGGUCAUUAACAAUCUUUCUCUAGGAUCACAAGGGGAUGAAGCCAUGAGAAAACUGUAUUAUGCCACCAAUACUCGGGCGUCGCCCUACCUCAUUGGCAUCCUGUUCGGAUACUUUCUUCACCUCAACCGGGGCAAGCACUUCAAGCUCAACCGGACCUGCGUGCUUCUGGGCUGGCUGGUUGGCUUGUCGCUGAUAGCCACUUGCAUAUUUGCGGUGUAUGGCCAGAACACACUGCCCAUUGUGGAGGAGGCCUUCUACGUGACCCUCACCCGCAUCGCCUGGCCCCUGGCUCUCUGCUGGGUGGUCUUUGCCUGCACGCAGGGAUACGGGGGACUGGCCAACAGCUUCCUGUCCUCCCCGCUGUGGCAGCCCAUGUCGAAGCUCUCCUACUGCGCCUACAUCUUUCACAUGUUCAUCGAGGGCCUCAACGGCGGCAUUACGCACACCAGCACCUACUUCAGUGACUACCAAGUGAUGCUUCAAUUCUGGUCAGACUUUGGCUUCACAAUGCUCUUCUCCUACCUCAUGCACAUCCUAAUCGAAGCACCACUCGCCGGUCUACAAGGUCUUCUGCUGCCCACAAAAAGACCAAGUCCCUCGGAGGUACCAGUUCCUGAGGCCAAGCUUGCAGAAGCGAAGUCCAAAGCCGAUGAUUCAUGGGCAGAGGAGCCUGCGGAAGGGACAUCCACAUCUACCACUGCUGAGGCAAAGUCUGAAACUGCACCUGACAAAAAUGCAGCUUAAACAUU